AUGGGCAGCGCCGAGGAGGAUUAUAACUUUGUCUUCAAGGUUGUGCUGAUUGGUGAGUCAGGGGUGGGCAAGACAAACCUGCUGUCUCGUUUCACCCGCAACGAGUUCAACCACGACAGCCGCACCACCAUCGGCGUGGAGUUCUCCACGCGCACCAUCCUGGUGGGAGACGCCGCGGUCAAGGCUCAGAUCUGGGACACGGCGGGGCUGGAGCGCUACCGCGCCAUCACCUCCGCGUAUUACCGGGGGGCUGUGGGUGCUCUGGUGGUGUUUGAUAUCACCAAGCACCAGACGUACGACGUGGUGGAUCGCUGGCUGAAGGAGCUCUACGACCACGCUGAGGCCAGCAUCGUUGUCAUGCUGGUGGGGAACAAGACCGACCUCGCACAGGCUCGAGAGGUGCCCAUGGAGGAGGCCAAAAUGUUUGCAGACAACAACGGGCUGCUGUUUGUGGAGACCUCGGCGCUGGACUCCACCAAUGUUGAGGAAGCAUUCGAGACCAUCCUGAAGGAAAUCUUCCACAAAGUGCAGAAGCAGAAGCAGAGGAGCAGCCAGAGCAACACGGUGUCACUUGCCAGUGAGAGCCCUGCGAGCACAGCCCCAGCACAGGCAGAGAGGCGCCCGUGCUGCGUGGCCCUCUGA